UGAGUUCAGCUUGGUUCAGAAGCAACCUAUCGUUUUACAAACACCCCAAAAACCACCACUCAAAACUACAAACAUGAAGUGCAUCAUCGUUGCAGUUAUCGUCGCUCUGGCCGUUGCCGCCGAAGGAAGUGCUUACUCGUCGUACGCUGUUCCGCUGGCCUACUCUGUUCCGCAGACCACGGUCGUUCAGCAGAACGUCGCCCCGAAGUACGUCGUUUCCGGUUACGCUGCCCCGUACGUUGCCUCGCCCUAUGUUGCCGCUGCCCAUAGCUAUGCCGUCCCGGCCGUGUCCUAUGCUCAUACCGCUGUCCACUCCGCCCCAGCUGUGACUUAUGCUGUAGCGCAGCCAGCCGUGUACGCCGCCCAUGUGCAGCAGGAAGCUCGCUAUGUGGCCGCCAACCGUGGCGCUGUCCAUGAGGCUCCUCUGGCCGGACACGCCGUCAACCAGCAGUCGCUUAACUUGGCUCCCGCUCCCGGUACUCUGUAAGUGACUGGCCAAGAAUCUGUCGAAUUGUUUCUACCUCAAUAAAAGAGAUUUUAAUGUAAAUCAAAA